AUGCCGCCAAAACCCCGCAACAUCCAUCUCCCGGCUGGGAAAGCUUUCCCAACCGCCUCUCCCGCUCCUACCUCUUCCUCCUCGUAUCUUCCUACGAAGCCGCCUUACCCAUCAUGGAAGCCACCCAAGGCUCAUCUCGCACGGUAUGCCUCCUUCAGCCCAGACACUCUGGCAUCAGCUUCGGCGCCAUAUCCGUACUCGGCGCUCGGCGAAGGCGAAGGAUCAAGCUCUCGCCAGGGCCCGGCCUUCGUUCCUCCACAAGCGCCUCAGCUGCCAAAGCGGCGUCAGCCAGCGUUCAAUCCAGGUGGAUUUGGGAUGCAGAGCGCUCCUCAGCCAGCGCCUGGAUUUGGAGAUUGGUUGAGAAAGGGGAACGGAAAGGUGUUGACAGAGGUGGAGAGGCGGACGGAGGAGAUCAGGAAAGAGGAGCUGGUCCAGGAGGGACGACCGGUCACGAGGGACGGGCAGGAGGAGGCUGAGGCGUGCUAUAUUCCACCACCAGCAACCCAGAAAUUCCAUUCUCCCGAUCCGCUACCUCUGCUCUACUCCCCCGACCCGCUCCCUCCCUACACGAUAGCCUACGAGACCUGGGGCACGCUCGACGCUAGUCGCUCCAACGCCAUUCUUCUGCACACCGGCCUCUCUGCCUCCUCUCACGUCGCUUCAAACGGGAACGACGUCUCCGCAUCCACCUCGUCCAAGCCAGGAUGGUGGGAAGACUUUGUCGGUCCGGGCAAAGCUAUCGAUACCAAUCGCUUCUUUGUCAUCUGCACCAACACCCUCGGUGGGUGCUUUGGGUCUACCGGACCCUCCAGUCCCCUUCCAGGCGGAGAGAGCGAUGUCCGCUGGGCAACCCGGUUCCCUUUGCUCAGUAUCCACGAUAUGGUCCGUGGUCAGCUCGGCCUGUUGGACCAUCUCGGGAUUGACAAGCUCUAUGCGAGUGUCGGAUCGAGUAUGGGCGGGAUGCAGAGUCUGAGUUUGGCGUAUAUGGCGCCGGAGCGUGUGGGGAGGGUGGCCAGUAUCAGCGCGUGUGGGCGGGCGGGUCUUGGUGGAGUGGGCAUGCGGUAUGCUCAGCGGAGCGUCUUGAUGGCCGACCCUAACUGGAACCGGGGGUUCUACUACGAUGGCGUCCCCCCUCAUAGCGGCAUGAAGCUCGCCCGUCAAAUCGCGACCAUCACGUACCGUUCUGGGCCGGAAUGGGAGCAGCGGUUCGGCAGGAGGAUGCUUAGCGAGAAGGAGGGCAGUGUGCCCAGUCUCAGCCCUGACUUCCUCAUCGAGACAUACCUCGAUCAUCAGGGAGAACGCUUCUGCUUGACCUAUGACGCCAACUCGAUGAUCUACCUAUCCAAAGCCAUGGACCUAUUCGACAUGACCUCCCCCGCGCUCCAAGCGCUCGCGGAGCGAUAUGCCAAAGCCUACCCCUCCGGACCUGCCUUCCCCUUCCCUACCGACCCUAUCACCGUAUCCGCCUCUUCUACCACCUCUGAUCCCGCGUCAUCCUCGCUGGGCCUAGCGGAAGAUCCCGCCCAGCUGAAGCGAAACGAGCGCUUCAUCCCUACUUCGAAGUCCCCGCACCUGAAGGAGCUCGCCCAGGGCCUGCGCCGCCUGCGGGAAAUCCCUACCCUCGUGCUGGGCGUGCAGAGCGAUGUACUUUUCCCAGUGGAGCAGCAGCGGGAGCUCGCGGAUGCGCUGAAGCUGGCGGGAAACGAGCGAGUGACGUACUAUGAGUUGGGCGGGGUGUGGGGGCACGACACGUUCUUGCUGGACGUGCAGAAUGUGGGCGGAGCCAUCAGGGGGUUCUUACAUUAG